AUGUCGAAGCGCAUCACGCAUUACGAAUCAACUCUUGUGCGUAAUCCGUAUACGUACGACGACUUGUUGCCAACUUCCAAAUUAUAUGGUCUUAUUGGAGCUCUAAAUGAGGCCUACUUCAAGCUUAUUGGUGUCGGGUUUGUCCACGAAUCGUCUUGCCUUUAA